AAUGUUUUAAUUUUACCUAGUUUUCUGGUCUAGCUUGUUUAAAUUUAAUUUGAUCUGAAUUAGUCCAGCAUGAUCUAAUAAAUGUUUGUUUUAUGUACUUGUAUGACUAGUAUAAUCUCUUCUAAUCUAUAUGAUCUAUUUGAUUCUGGGCUGGUUUAUUGUGGUUUGAUAUUAUCUAGUUUGAAAGUAUUUCAAACCCAAUUAAAAACAGGUUUAACAAAAUAUGACACGUCCUAUGCUCAUGCUUCAGAGAAUAAUCUCGCAAGUCGAAUCUAUGAAAUGGAAAAACCCGUGAUGUACGAACGAAGUGCUGCCGGGCGGACUCAGCCUCAACACACCGAAGUGUAUGAAAAUUCAUAGGAUUUGAAUUGGUCUCUCUUUAGGAGCCUUUAACGCACUCUAAAUGUGACUUUGCAUAAACGCCGUGCUUAUCCAUUCAUGCAUCGAAUUAUUGAUUGAAAAAUAAUAUAUAUAUUCCGAGACAGCAGAAGAGAUCUGCAGUGUAACAAUGGCUUCUUCGCAUUUGCUAAAGAAUACUGCACCACUGCCGAUAACGACCGCCGAUUCUUCUCCGGCGGAAAGAUCGACGGAGGAUAAACUCUUCAAAGGGUCCUCCAUGACGAAGCGUGGAGCUUUAGCUGCCGUCUCUUACAUGUGCUGCGCCGUUCUGCUGGUGUUGUUCAACAAAGCAGCUCUCUCUUUGUACAAUUUCCCAUCCUCAAGCGUGAUCACACUAUGUCAGUUGAAGUGAUUUAUGCUUUGAUUAUUCCCACCUACGUGUAUGAUACUAUGAUGUCAUAAUCCAGAGCUCAGAUGUUUCAGGUAUCUUAGUCAUUUACAAAUGUAUUACUUAAUUGAACUCAGAAGUCUAAUGAAUUUGAAUAAGCUUCUUUUAGUUUUUCUUGUAAUGGAAAAGAAAAUUUAUUAAAGAGAGCAAGGUAAGGUACACAUAGAAUGUAAAGGAAAUACAAGAAAGAAAAAGGAAAGUACAGCAACCUACCCGCAUAACAAUAAGAACCCCUCCCGAGAAACCCUAAGAACUUAGUCAAUGCGGAAUAACUUCAUACGUGAUUGAAAUCUGGUCCUCAUGAGAUGUGACCUAUGAUGUUUUUUUGGUAUAUUUUAUUUUGAGUGUUUAAAUUUUCAAUAGGCAAGCAAUUAUCCCUCCUGACGAGCCUAGCUUUGUAAAAACAAUUUCCUUAUUUGUGUCAGAAUCCCAUACAUCCUCCAUUAAUGAAAUAGGAGGCUAUGAGCCCCUUCUCACUCUCUAAAGCAUGACCAAGAAAAGCAUCUUCCGAGUAAGAAAAAAUCUGUUCUGCAAAAGAUUCUUUUAGCUUAAGGCAAUGUAAUAUAUAAGGAACACGGGGAAACAAGAGUCAUGAAGAGAGACCUAUUUUUUAAAUUGAAAUCAACAUGAUACAAUUAAGAAACACAACAGCCUAACCAAUAACUGAAGAGACAGACAUUGGAAUCUUUCUUUUGAUAGAUUUUUCCCCUUUUUCAGUCUAUAGACAUUGUUUCGAUAGCUUUCCUUUAGGUACUCCUUGUAUGUAAUCAGGCAAGGAUUAGUGGGGUAAAUUGGUAAUGAAUCUGAAUCUUAUAUACUAGUGUAUUAGGGUUUGAAAAAAUGAGGUUAAUGUUUGGCCUAAUUGCAAAUGUCCAGAACUCCGAAUGCGGAAGCAAAAGUAAAUUUGUUCUAGAUCAAUAAUUUUCUAUCAGAAUUUACCAUUCUUGAACUGAUUGAGCCAAACACCAACCAACCCCAUGAAUGAAGGUUGCACCGUUGGUUUGUUUGGUGGGAUUGAGAUAUGCCAACUACACCCUUUACCUUCCUUAAUUUCUGGGAAGCAUAAAAGUUGCAGAAAUGAAUGUCAGCUUUCGUAAGAACUUUAGAUCGAACUGUAGGAUUUGAAAAGUAGAUUGUAGAUCAAUAUGCUAAUGUUUUAUGGCUGUACUUAUUGUUGUGCUUGGUUUAAUGUGCUCAUUAAUGGCACUAUAAUCCUUGUAUAGUUACAGAUUUUAUGGGUUUGAAAAGUAAAUUGUAGAUUUCGUACUUCUUAAUCUGGACAUUUUCUGUUGAUUCGGGUAGCAGUUUAUGUGAUUCUGAUUUUUUUCACUGCAUGUUUUAUAAUUGAUUUUUCUCUAUCUUCUUUUUCUUGGUUGUCUGGUGCAGAUGAUAUGUUCAUCUUGCUUUCUCUACCUUUUACGGCAAUGGAAACUUAUAUCUUUUCAUAUGGCCGAAUCCCCAACCAUACCUGAUAAUUCCAAAUCCUUAGUACCUUUAAAGACAGUGAUUAAUACUCUACCUCUGGCUGUUACCUAUCUCAUUUAUAUGUUAGUCACCAUGGAGUCUGUUAGGGGAGUAAAUGUGCCAAUGUAUACUACUCUCAGGAGGACAACCGUUGUGUUUACUAUGAUGAUGGAGUAUAUUCUUGCAAAGCAGAGGUACACACGCACUAUUGUUGGAAGUGUGGCAUUGAUUGUCUUUGGUGCAUUUGUUGCGGGAGCUCGUGACUUGUCAUUUGAUUUUUAUGGUUAUCUUGCUGUUUUCAUAGCCAACAUCACAACUGCUAUAUACCUUGCAACCAUAGCACGCAUGGGAAAAUCAAGCGGGCUUAAUAGCUUCGGUCUCAUGUGGUGUAAUGGGGUUGUUUGUGUUCCAUUCUUACUUAUCUGGACACUUGUCAGGGGCGACUUGGGGGAAACUCUUAAUUUUCCAUAUUUGCUUUCACCUGGUUUCCUGGUUAUAUUGCUUUUAUCCUGUAUUUUGGCCUUCUUCUUGAAUUAUUGUAUAUUCCUGAACACCACACUGAAUUCCGCAGUGACGCAGACAAUCUGUGGGAAUAUGAAGGACCUUUUCACUAUUUCACUUGGAUGGAUGGUCUUUGGAGGUCUUCCAUUUGAUUUGUUGAAUGUUAUUGGGCAGCUUCUUGGUUUCACUGGAUCCGGUCUAUAUGCAUACUAUAAGCUUAUCGGAAAAUGAUAUGCUGAACUCAAGAGAACGAUUUUCUUGGGAGUUGGAUAAAGUUGCAGCAUUUUUUGCAGUAUUGGUUGAGGCUUCGGAAAGGAAACUGGAGUUAGCAUUCAUACAAGAAUCCCUUAUUCUUUUGGGAGGGGAUCAAGAUCUGCUGUUUCAUGUGUACUGUAAUGUAAUUUAAGCUGGGUAGGCUUUAUAUCUAAUUGCAGAAAACUGCUAUAUGAAAUGUGCUAUAUUUAUGUAAGCAAUUUUUUUUCAAAAGGUGAUGGUGAUUGACGAGGUUUUAGGGUUAAGUCGGUGGUACACACUAGUGUAGUGUCUCAGUCGGCAGCUCGGCGCCCUCCUCGUGAGAUCAUGCGUGGUGGGAACUUCGAAGAGGUUUUUAUAUGUAGUAGUGUAGUAUUGUAGUACGUAUAAAAUAAAGGGAAAACUGUCAAAUAGGUCCUCGAACUUUCUUAAAAAAGUCAAUUAAGUCCUUCUAUAGGAGACUUUGUCCGGUCGUCGCGAUUUGGGGCGGUUCCCGGUGGAAUUUUUUGAUGAAUUUUUUUGAGCAUCUUAUUCAUCAAGCCUAGUUUAAUCAUACCAAAUUUCAAUUAAAAAUUUAAUCGGGAGCGCAUUCAAAUUAAUUCGAGAACGCAAAAAUGCGCAGUUAUAUUCAAGAAUUAAUUUGAAUGUGUUCCCGAUUGAUUUUUUAGGUAACAUUUGGUAUGAAUAAACUAGACUUGGUGAAUAAGAUGCUCAAAAAAAUUCAUCAAAAAAUUCCACCGGGAACUGUCCCAAAUCGCGACGGCCGGACAAAACCUCCUAUAGAAGGACUCAAUUGACCUUUUAAUGAAAGUUCGAGGACCUAUUUGACAGUUUUCCCUAAAAUAAAAUAUUGAAGCAAAAUAAGUUCUGCUUCAAUAACAAACUGCUUUUGCUUAAAAUUUGUUUCAAUUGUAAAUUUGUUGUUUUGUUAGUAAUAAUAAUUAUGAAUAAUGACGAAUGUGUG